CUCCGCCGUCCACGAAACGGAUCGCUGAUUUGGUUUUGGUUUGUGAAAAGCGGCGAGAGGGAGGGGCGGGCGCCCACACGCGUCACGCGGCCGCGCUGCUCCCCGCCCCACGACACGAUACCGCUGCGCUCCACGUGGGCGUCGGCCAGACAGUAGUCCCCCCGAGACCCAGAAUCACUGACCGCUCGACACGGGACACCACCCCUUCCUCCCCUACUCCCGUAUCACUACUACCACUGCUGUUAGUGUUGCUCCGAGUCCUUUCUUUAUUCCGUCCGCUUUAUCUGACGACUCAGGACACAGAGAGAGAGAGAGAGAGGGCGGGGGGCUGAAAGAAAAAAAAAAAAAAGCUUAUAAUAAAAGAAGCAGAGGCAAGGAGGGAAAAUGAUGGCAGGCGCCGCUCAUCAGUCCGUACAGCAGGUGGGGUGCGGUAGGGCUGACGUCACGGCCUCAGGGUGGGGCUCAGGCGAGUCACAUGAGAGCGCCUGCGUGUCUAAACUCGUCGCUUUAGACGGAGAGAAGAUUAGACCUUAGAGAGAAUAGAGCGAAACCAAAUAGAAGGCGACCAGGGUUGCUUCCCCCUGUCGCUCCUCCUCGCUUUCAAAAUCGCCCACCACCGUUGCUGCCGACGGGCCCCACCUUAUAAUUUAUUUUAUUAUAUACACGCACAUCUUCUACCGCGAGCCUCUACCUCCUUGUCCUCUCGUUAUUGCUUCACCUUUCUUUCUUUUUUUCCACUCUUUGAAGCAAACAGAUGGGGAGUCGAGGAGAAGGGCACUACAGGGGGGUCCGUAAGAGGCCGUGGGGGAGGUACGCCGCGGAGAUACGGGAUCCGUGGAAGAAGACAAGGGUGUGGCUGGGGACCUUCGACACCCCCGAGGAGGCCGCGCUCGCCUACGACCAGGCCGCUCGCUCCCUCCGAGGCGAGAAGGCGAAGACCAACUUCCCCCUCCCCUCGCCCCCACCGCCCCACCUCAGCCUCGACCUCAACCUCCCCUGCCACCUCUGGAUGGGCCCGCCGGCGCCGGUGCCGCCGGCGCCGCCUCCGCCUCCGCCGCAGGCGGUGGCCGCGGCGAUGGGGUCUCGCCCGCCGUCCACGAUCUUGAUGCUGGGAGGGUUCGGUGGCGGCGGGCACUGCCCGCCGGGAAUGGGGAGGGAGGUGGCGCAGGAGCCGGCGGCGGCGGCGUCCGCGUCCUUUUUCGGCGCGGUGGCAAGAGGUCUACCCUUCGAUCUCAACGAGCCGCCGCCGGCCGCGUCCCUCUUGUUCGGUUGAAAGACCUGCUGCUCUCCAGUGUCUGCUCUUGCCAUGCUCCUAGUUUCUUUUCUUUUCCCCUUUCUUUUUAGCUAUUUCCUAUCUCCUUUGGGCCUCAGUGGGGUCGUCUACUAUAGAGCAGCAAUAGAAGUUCGGCUGUGGUGUAUAUAAUAUCUUCUAAUAUAAAAAUCUUCUCAUGAAAGCCUUGUUUUUUUUUUUUUUUUUUUGGAUGAGAUGAAACGAAAGUAGAGUGAGCUUUUAGAAAAGCGUUGCACCAGUACGCUACAUGCAUGGCGGAAAGUCAGAAAUUUUUGACCCCCUCCUAUCCAUCAUGGUGCGUUGUUUGUUGGAGAACGAAAAGGAGCCGCGAAGCGGCGGAUGGCAUUGCGCCGUAGAGUCAUGGUUCAUCGGCCAGGGGGUUUUAAAUUUUAAUGCGCCGCUGUUGCUGUUACUUAUAGACGGACGGCCUUCAUUGUCUUGCCAGAGGUACACGGGCAAUGCGCAUGUCGGCUAGCCGAUCAUUUACACCGUGCAUGUGAACGGAAAUGGACCGAAUGGUUUUGCCUCAUGGCGUUAUGACGUGGAUAGAUGGGUGAUAGCCUUGCGCCCAAAUUCAACGGUAACCAUGAUUCACGCAUUCAUCUCAGGCAUAUCCAAGUGGGCGUUCGGGUUGUAUCUUUUAUCACAUCAUAUCAUUCAUUUAUCGUGCUCCAUACAGCUCUUGAAAUGCUUUAUAUUUGGAAUGUAUAUGGUUCAAUUUGAAUCUGUUU